UAUAGAUAGUAUCGGUGGUUAGAGAAGGAAAAGAAAGAAGCAGCUGAAAGGCAGAACAAAAGUACAGAAGACAAGAGAACUGAGAAGAGAAGAGAAACGAACGGCAACACGCGCGUCCACUCUCCAGCCGGCGGUAGAGCUCCCUCCACCAAUCUUCUCCAUCGCCAAGUUGCAGGUUACCACAUUGUCAAUGAGGUCUUCGACUCUCGUUCCCGGACAUCAGAUUGCUUUUCUCUCUUCCUUCCCACCAUUGUCGACGUGCUAAUUACUUGAUAUAGCUUUCGGUCAGCUGCGAUGGCGGACGCCGCGGUUUCCUUUCUUCUCGAACUGCUGAGACAGAAGGCGAGGGAGCUUUCGAGAUCACCGAAUGAGGUGGCCGGGAAGAUCGGACGAAUAGAAGACUUGCUGAAGAUGCUACCAUCUCCCGUGAAUAAUUCUCGGGAUAGACUAACUUCGGAAUACAGGGUCAGCCUUCAAAGGGACACUAAUGCCAUUAUAUACAGGUUUGCGAUUGUGAAGGAGAAUUUUGGCAUCGUAGUGGCCACUCAAGGAGGAUGGUUCCUUAGAUUUUUCAAGAAAUUGGUCUGUGUGAGAAUAGAUCUUCGUGAAAUCUAUUCAGAGAUUAUAGAAAUCGAAAACGAGAUUUAUCACCUUCUUGAGAUUGAUAAAGAGUUAAGUAGGAGAAAUGGCGCUGGCCAAGAAGAAAGUUCAAGAGUAGAAUAUUUGUCAAGCCGCACAAUAUAUGAGGAUUUUGUUGGAAUGGCGGACGAGAUAAACGAACUGCGGUCAUAUAUAAUGAAACCGGAGUACAGGGCUAUUGGGAUAUGUGGGAUGGGCGGAUUAGGCAAGACCGCAGUCGCUAAGAGAUUGUUCAAUGAUCACCAAAUCAAGAAUCAUUUCGACGCUGUUGCCUGGGUACAUGUAUCCCAAGAUUUCCAGCCAAUAAUGAUUUUCGAAGGUCUGUAUAUGCAACUUUAUCCACGAUAUAGAGGGCGCAUAUCAGACAUUGAUGAAGCAGAGUUGAGCCAACGGGUUUACAGAAUCCAACAAGAAAGCAGAUGCCUGAUUGUUCUGGAUGCAAUGUGGUCGUCGGAUGCUUGGGAAAGCCUGCGGAUCGCCUUUCCAUCGGGGGAGACGGGUAGCAAAAUAUUGAUCACAACUCGGGUCAAACAUGUGGUGGAAACUGUGGAAAUUGUGGCUGCAAGGAGAUACAUCCACAAAUUGAGGUGCUUAACCCCGGACGAAAGCUCUGAGUUAUUUUUGAAGCGCGUCCUCUCGACAGCCGUACCAGACCUUGGAGACAACAGAAUAGUUGAGGAAAUGGGGAAGGACAUGGGAAAAUGUUGUGAAGGCCUGCCGUCAGCUAUCCUCGAAUUUGUAGGCUUUAUGGCGACAAAGCAUAGCUUGGAGGAGUGGGUGGAAGUGCAUAAAAAGCUCCAAUCUUUUGUUAGGAGGAGCCUGGAGCUUGGAGCUACCUUACAAAUAUUAGCUUUGAGUUAUGAUAACUUGCCACAUUUUCUGAGACCAUGUUUUCUUUAUUUGGGGUAUUUGCAAGAGAAUUCUCGGAUAGAAGCAGAAAAGUUAUACUUGUUGUGGUUAGCUGAAGGAUUUAUAUCACUAGAAGACAACGGAAAAGACGAAAUAUUAUUGAAUGCGGCAGAAAGAUAUUUGGAUGACCUUGAACAAAGAAGCAUGAUUGAGGUGCAUGAAGAGGAAGUGCCUACAGUCACAAGGUUGAAUUCUUGCCGACUUAGUGAACUGAUGCGAGAACUAUCUCUUGCAAUUGGCAAAGAUGAUGGGUUUUUCAAAGUUGUGGAUUUUGGAUGCGGAACGCAGCAGGCGACUGGAUCGUCUUCCUCAUGCCGACUUUCCAUAAAUUUGGACAAAUACGAACAUAAAUAUGUUUUCGAAGUAAAGACAGAUGAAGAGGAGAAAAUGAGGUGUCUUCUAAUUUAUGCAAAGGAGAACCAGAAAAAACUGGUCUGGCCUCGAUCGUUGUCUAGUUUAGUGAAAUUUCAAUCUCUAAGAGUCUUAGAUUUUAUGGGAAUCCCCUUUCAAGAGACAAAACUACCAAAGGGUAUUGGCUUACUAGUCCAUUUGAGGUACUUGAGCUUUAAAGGUUGUAAUUUGCCGAAGCUACCAUCAUCAGUUGGAAAAUUGAAGUUCUUGUGUGUUCUUGAUCUUCGGGUUACAAAGAAAAUGAUCAUACCAGAUGUCCUUUGGAAGUUGAAAAAGUUGAAGCAUCUAUAUUUUCCAUCAACAUUUGAAACAGAUGGUGCUCCUAAAUUAAGACUUGAUGGCUUGUUAGAGCUCGAGACAGUUACCAACCUGGACGUGAACAUGUGCAAUGUUAGCGAUCUCCUCCAGUGUUAUAACCUAUGCUACCUAGCUUUGAGUAUAACUGAGAGUCUUGAGGAGAUUGAACGUGUUGUAGAACGCAUGAACAUGAAUUCAGGUGUUCAUUUUCUCCGCACUUCCCUGGAAGUAAGGGAAUUUGAUUGCUAUACGGAAGAAAGAAUUUCUGUCUUGAGACAACUUAUCGGAUGUCAUUCUCUCAUUGUCUUGUGCUUGGGGGGCCACAUAGGUCGGCUACCGCUUCACGAUGAAAUCUCUUCUAAUCUUGCCAAGAUUGUUCUCAUUCGUUCAGAACUUAUGGAAGAUCCAAUGACAACGCUGGAGAGACUUCCUAAUUUACGUGUAUUGGAACUGGAUGUUGAUGCUUUUAAAGGCAAAGAGAUGACCUGUUCAGCGUCGGGCUUCACUGAGCUCAGAAGGCUAAAGCUCUCAAAUUUGCGGUACUUAGAGAAGUGGAUUGUGAAAGAUGGAGCUAUGCUCCGGCUUUCGACUUUAACCAUUGUUAAUUGUGAGAAACUGAUCAUGCUGCCUGAGGAAUUACAAUUUGUUCAUCAUCUCCAGCAAAUGACAGUCUCAGGAAUGCAUAAAAAAUUUAAAGACAGCAUUCGGAUGGUAAAAGGCAUGGUGGAGAACCAGCAUGUGCCUUCAAUCACCAUUGAAGAUUAAUGAGCUCCAUACAUGUUACCGCUCAUGAGGUAAUUCAAAUAACUUCACAUCAAAAAAAUUUGAAAUCUAUCGAGAUUGCAUAAAAUAUAGUUCGCGAUGGGAGUUGAAACAUUAAAAUAUCCUUUGUAAUAUGAACUUACUUAAAACAAUUGUUAUUAGGGAUGUGAAAUGCUUUGCUACUUCUUAUCCAUAAA